GGAUUGUCUGGCUCGACAGCGGGCAUCGGGACACCAGGUAUGACAGCGGGCACUGGGUCACCAGGCAUCAGGUCAUUUGGCUCGCCUGCGGGCACCGCGUCAUCUGGCAAGGCAGUGGGCACCGAGUCACCAGCAACGACAGCGGGCUCUGAGUCAAUUGGCACGACAGCGGGCACCGGAUCAGGUACCGGAUCGUCUGGAUCAACAGCGGGCAUCGAGUCAACUGGCCUAAUAGGAUCAUCAGGCUGGAUCAGCUGGGUACAGCAUCAGGGGUACAGGCAUGGGUACAGGCAUCAGGCUGAAGUGCGGGUGCCGAGGCACCAGGCUGAACCACGGAAGGCAGGUUCUCAGACGGCAGGC